UACUGCUACUAAUAUAAACAUUAAUACUACUAUUACUACUACUAAUAAUAAUAAUAAUACUAGUAAUAAUAAUAAUAAUAUUAAUCAUACUACUAGUACUACUACUACUACUGCUACUGCUACUAUUAUUUCUACUACUCGUACUACUAAUACUAUAAAUACUAAUAUUUCUACUACUACCACUAAUAAUAUUAAUAAUAAUAAUAAUAAUACUAGUAAUAAUAAUAAUAAUGAUUAUACUAUCAAUAAUACUACUACUUUUACUACUACUACUACUACUACUUUGGAUACUGCUACUACUAUAAACAUUAAUACUACUAUUACUACUACAAAUAAUAAUAAUAUUAGUAAUAAUAAUAAUAAUAAUAUUAAUCAUACCACUAGUACUAGUACUACUACUACUACUACUACUAUUAUUUCUACUACUCGUACUACUAAUACUAUAAAUACUAAUAUUUCUUCUACUACCACUAAUAAUAUUAAUAAUAAUAAUAAUAAUACUAGUAAUAAUAAUAAUAAUGAUUAUACUAUCAAUAAUACUACUACUUUUACUACUACUACUACUACUACUUUGGUUACUGCUACUAAUAUAAACAUUAAUACUACUAUUACUACUACUAAUAAUAAUAAUAAUACUAGUAAUAAUAAUAAUAAUAAUAUUAAUCAUACUACUAGUACUACUACUACUACUGCUACUGCUACUAUUAUUUCUACUACUCGUACUACUAAUACUAUAAAUACUAAUAUUUCUACUACUACCACUAAUAAUAUUAAUAAUAAUAAUAAUAAUACUAGUAAUAAUAAUAAUAAUGAUUAUACUAUCAAUAAUACUACUACUUUUACUACUACUACUACUACUACUUUGGUUACUGCUACUAAUAUAAACAUUAAUACUACUAUUACUACUACUAAUAAUAAUAAUAAUACUAGUAAUAAUAAUAAUAAUAAUAUUAAUCAUACUACUAGUACUACUACUACUACUGCUACUGCUACUAUUAUUUCUACUACUCGUACUACUAAUACUAUAAAUACUAAUAUUUCUACUACUACCACUAAUACUAAAAACAAUAAUAAUAAUACUAAAAAAUCCAAAUCUAUAGACGAUUCAGUAGUAGGAUUGAUACAUUUUCGAAAGCUUACUCUAGAUGAUAAUAAUCUACAUAAAAUAACAGAUUGGAAUCAAAUUCAGAUUAAAAGUGAAGAAUGUGUUUUCCAAUGUCAAUCAUAUGAUCAAAUAGUUGAUGAACAAUUUACAGGAAUAAGUACUAGUCAGGAAAGUGAUUUGUACAUAUGCAAAAAGGAUAGAAGAUUGAUUAAAUGGUCUGUUUUAGAAAGCACCAAAAUGAUGACAGCGUUAUUCUUUGAUGAAUUACCAAUAAUUUUUGAAAAAGAGAUUAACAAUGGAAUAACAGGAAAUGAGAUUCUUUCUGAAUGCUAUCGUGAUAAUAAUAACAAUAGUUCCAACGAGAAAGUAAAACCAUACUAUAGUCAUCGUUCAGUGAUUUCACUGCCGCGAUCUGCAGCCGAUGAACAACAUUUGGGGGAAUUUCACUUAAACCAUGAACGAAUUUUUCGUUACUUAUUCAUCCAAGAUUUGAAAGCGGCUUCGUAUUAUCAGGCGAAUUUCUUGGAACGACAUGGUUUGACAGAAACUGUAAGAGCAACUCUUUGCGAUUGGAUGAUAAGAGUACAACAAUAUUUAAAGUUGCGCACAGAAUCAUUGCAUCUAGCUGUCAGUUUAGUUGAUCAGUAUACCUGGAGACAAAUAACUUUAUAUCCGUCAGAAUACCAACUACUUGGUGUUACAGCAAUAUUUAUUGCUGUAAAAUUCGUUGAACGCUUUCCUCCAGCAACUAAAAUUUUGUGUUAUUUAACUGAGGAUUCGUAUAAUUCUAAACAGGUGCUAGAUUUUGAAUUUAAAAUGUUAGAAGCAUUGGAUUUUGAUAUCAAUAUACCCUUACCGCAUCACUUUUUAGAUCGUGCAUUUGCAGCUUGUAAUGAUCUAACUCUAACUGGCAAGGCAAAGAUAGAAUUAGUUUGUCGUUAUCUUUUCGAAUUGAACUUAACUGAACUAUCAACUGCAGGUACUUUAGCUAGUGUAAAAUGCGCAGCUGGUGUCUACUUGGCACGUGAACUUAUACGAUUAGAGUAUGAAAAUGGGAAAAGCGAAACAGAUGAUAUUCGGAUUGAAAAUAAUGGCAGUUUGGGUUUAUCAGUAACAUUUGAAACAUGGCCAAAAGCACUUGGCCUAAGUAUGGGACAUGAGGAUGUUACCAAUCUAUUGCCAAUGGUACUUACAUAUGUGCAAAAUAUUGUACGAACUUUACCAAUCUCCAAUAUAAACAACAGAAAUUACGAGGCUGCUUUUCAUAAAUUCAGUAAUCGAAGCUAUGGCCGAAUAGCUCAAUCUAGUUUGCUUUUGGACGCUGAUUAUGAUUUUAUUGUACAAGAUAUCAGAAGAAAAAUGGCAUCCAAUUCAAAGCGGACAAAUAUAGACUGUCCUGAAGAAGGUCGGAACGUACAGCAAACAACUUUAAGAAUGAACAUGUGAUAAUUACAGUUAGUCCCCCUAUUAUCCAGAUAGAAAGAUUCAAGAUCAAAACAUUCAGCUCGAUCGAUUACACUUGGACAAAGAUGCCAAGGAGAAAAAUAUCUUCCUUAAUAGUUAAAUUAACAUUUGCUUCUCCCACCUGUUUAUUCAUCCGACGUUCUACAAUACAUAUUGUUGCUUUUCUCUGAAAAAUUACUUUACUGCAUAAAAUUGUAAUAACUUCGAUUCGUCGAAUUCGUUAUUUUCAUCAACUACCUACCUUCUUUUUUUCUUUUUACUGAGUGGCAUAAUAUAUAUUUUUUAUCAUUUAGUGUGUAUAUUCUUGUUGAAUAGAACUGACUUGUUUAUUCACUGUAAAAAGAUGUUAACGAUCCAAGAACUUCAUUCGUUCUUUAUAACCUUGCGUAAGUACAUCAUCACUUGAUUGAA